AUGAACGAUGUCCUAAUCUGGGUCAUGCCCCAAUGCGUUCCAUUGAAAAAGGCUGACCUAAAGUGCCUGGUUGUGAUCUCGCACGCUAACUUUAUCCGCUCCCAGCUGGCGAUUCCAUGGAUAUCGGUAUCUGCAUUCCGUGCAUCUGCAACUCAUGCAGAGCAAGAUUACAGCGUCGACUUGGAUCCCCAAUUACAAAGUGGAAUUGACAUCACUUCUGUAUGUACACCUAUGCAGACUCGUUUCACAACGCCACCUUCCAAUGUGCCUCUGGUACCUCAAGAACUAAUCGACGAAAUCAUUGAAGAAGCAAUUCUCACUUCUCCCGAUCCUAAGGAGACUGCGAUACAUUGCUCCCUCAUUUCACGAACCACACUCUCACACUCCCAGGCCAUUCUGUUCGACCAUAUCACUAUUAGCAUCAACAAUCCUCCCUCUGAAUGGCUCGACAUAUUCAUGGGAUGGCAGCACCUAGCAGCAGCUGUGCAGCAUCUCAAAAUUGAGGCCAUGGAAACUUCCUGGGUCAAUGACUUCGCCAUUCUUAUGUCUUUGAUAGCCACCGAGACAACACCUUUGAAGAAGUUGUUCGUCUGCGAUUGCAACAUUCGUUUCUUAAUCGACUGCGGAGCGUCCUGGGACCACGUCAAGACACUGUACAUGACCAGGUGCUACCAUGACCCUGCAUCAAUAUUAAAAUGGAUCCAAUCAUUGCCUUGCCUCCAUCACCUUCAUUACAUGGGUGACGCAUUCCAUCCGCUAUACAAUACGCCUAACGUAUCCGAGGUGGAUGUCAAUGCGCUGAAGCUGCUGAAACUCAACACAUUUAUGUGUUAUCCUACCUUCGCCUCCAGCGACAACUAUCCUAUCCUAUGGAUGCUGUUGCAGUUAAUGCCAGCCUUACAGAAGCUUUCUGCUUUCCUCUUCGUGGUCGAACCAUCCCAAUUUCUUUUGUUGAUGCAAAUCAUCAAAGCGUCUGCUUCCACUUUGGAAUGUUUGGCAACGAAGGACCAAACCAACACUGGACCUCUCGAACUUCGUGAAGUCACAAUUCGCAUCAAAUAUUCUUAUUCCGUGACACUGCCCGAUGCCGCUUUGCUCAUGCAUUUGAGUGAUAAAGUCAACAAAGGCCAAGUAGUCGGUGUGGGAGGAUGCUGCGACUUAAGGUACUACAGUCGAUGGGAGCUCUAUGACAUGCUACUUCACACCGCAGCCCUCGCGGCAUUGGAUAAAUGCUAUGUCGCUCGAGAGGAGUAUCGCAUGAUUAUUACAGAGGAACCUUUUGGGCCAGAUGAUAACACAUUGGUCAUCUGGGACGUCCACACUCGUAAUUCUUUGGACAGGAAUCCAAAAGAGUUGAACUUCCCCAUGGCCGAUAAUCCGAUACCUUUUUUGGAUUUAACACGACGAUUGCGUUUGCUGCAAAGCAAUCAGCGCAAGAAAAGGUGGAGGAUGAUAAAAAAUGGUGCUACGAAAGAAGAAGCGGAUCGCGUGUACCCUCCUCUCAGCUCUUAUCAGAGUAAAGAGGGUGAGUCUGCUGAAGACACAGCACGUCGGUUGGCCAGGAACGCAAAAAAAUCGGCAACUGCGAGGGUGCAUUACCGAGAGAGAGCUAAGACGUCCAGUGAAAAGCCGGUUACAUUGAUACAUUACCAACGUGACUCAAAUGGAUCUCUUCGCAAGCGCGCCGAUCUUGUCAGCGGUAUUCUUGGAAAAUAUAUCUGCGCUGCCGCCGACCAUUGUCUGUGGAAAGGUGAUCCGGACUUACAGUUCUAUGCUGGUUGUGUAACUGGAAAUGACGGAGGAAACGCAUUAGCCAAGGAAACAGAUUUUGUAUCACACGGCGAGAUUACUGUCGAGUUCCUUCAAAACGAGUAUAAUAUCGGUCCUUUUGUGGAAGUGGAGGAGCAUGACAGUGUCAAAAAACAAUCGGAUAGGACUAAUCCUACUGUGGCAACAACUGUCAGCAAUCUGGAUGAUGGUUCUCAGGCUAUGGCACACACCAAAUUCGUUGACACCGAGAAAUUUACGCUGCCAAGAGAGCAUGUUACUGAUCAAACUUGGGCAUUACUUCAUCAUGGUGGUACUUUAUCUCAUUGGCACAGAGAUACAGACGGCAAACUAACUCUCAUUAUGGUCGAUCAGGGGUGUAAAUUGUGGAUCGAGCAACACCCACAAAAGUCAUUAGCCCGGUCUGAGAUCGAUGCUUGGUUCGUUCAAUCCAUGGAAGACAACGAUGAGCCUUCCGACGGUGAUAUGAGUACGAUGGAGAUGUCUAAAUCUGGCACGAUACUGAUACUUCCUGGCGAUAUUGUUACAUUCCAUCUACACUCCCAUACCCUCGUUAACGAAAGGAGGUCGCAUGGCGACACGACAGCUCACUUGGGGGAUUUUACCACCAACGUCGAUCACAAAUCAGCACACACUUAUGCAGGCUUUUAUACGAAUGAUACUGAAUAUCAAGACUCUAAAGAACCGAUGUAUUGUCUUGCGAGCCCUUUUCCUGUAGUCCUGGAUGACAAGCUAGAGGAGAAACCUCAAGACAUCGCUAUGCGUAUUUGCAAACAUGUGGGUCUGGCUGGGAGAAACGUACAGCGUACUGUUUCAUUGUUGCAGCAGUUCUUAGAUAUUGGUCCUGUGGGACGAGCCCGCCACAAAGCUCUUCACACAAAUUGUAAAACUGCGACAAUUCUGCAGCAUCAGCCCGCUCUGUCUCUGCACGUGUUAGUUGUUUCUCGACCUGACAUCCAUAUUUUCAACGAGGAAGCAGUUGUGUUGAUAUGUUUCUCAGGAGAGAGACCCAGAUUGGACAAACUGCGUACUCAUGUCGACCUCAAUGGCAUCACUCAAAUGGACUUCAGCGGAGUCAUCCCGUGCAUCAUUAAAGUUACUGGGAUCAUCAUUCCAGGGCAAGAAGUGGGAACAUAUAGCUAUUAUUCUAUAGCGAUGGGUCCUCCUAAUUAUUCUUUCAGUCAUGUUGGCAGUAUGGUCAAGCAGCCAUCGGUGUUUCCGGCGGUUGUCGUAAAGCACAGCUCUCAUGAUGAUGGACUAAUAGUAGAUAUCAACUUCAACGAAUAUGAUAAGCUGUGCAACAUUUUUAAAUUUUCGUCUAGUUCUUGGUCCACCCGAAAGGCUUGGUCAUUAUCAGAAUGUUCUUUAACUGGACGUGUACAAACUGGUGCUCCGAUGUUGAGUAUCGCUGAGGAUCCAGCUGACGACGGCGAGUCUGGCUUGUCAAAAAUUCAACGCAUAUUAUUUGAAUCCAAGAAUGAGGUACCAGAGCUCAAUAAACUGCAGUGGUGCAGAAGCAUCUUAGACAUCACGAAAACGUUAACCAGAGAGGACAUUGACUGCCUUAAGAAUCGUUGCAGUACCUCUGUGUGGGCCGCUCUGGUAUUUUGCAAUAUUAGACGUACCGCAGCACGUACGUUGGAAGACACUCAUGUGUGCAAAGUCAGGAUAUCCGACUGGGACCUUUUUCCUGCACUGAUGGUGCCUGCAUGCAUGAAUUGUGUUAAGAAGAAACAUCCAUGCAGCUUUCAGUUCUCCAGGGCAUCGAAGUGUCGGGAAUGUGCCCUGUUCGGUGUCGCUUGUCCCAAGGGUGCCUCACAUAAGGGUGACUCGUCCUUACCUCCUCAUAUCGUUUCAGACCUGAAACGUUCAUCUCCGGACUCCGAUUGUCGGACGACCAUCCCCCCACACCGGAUCUUGCUUGGGAUCGGGAAUCGGGAAACCUUGGAAUUUUAUGAGGAAUGCCUUCACGCACUGUCAGCUAUUAUUCAUCUUACAAUGAUGAUCGACUUUCCUGAUGAACUGAAGCUGCGCAUUCUUCAAAGUGAUGCACUUUCUCCCUCGGACCUCCUGGCCUGCUGUCUCACGGGUACAUCCCUAUUGCCAUGUGCCCUAGAGGCAUUAUAUGCUCGUAUUCGCAUCUGCAAUACCUACAGAUUGUCGACGUGGAUUCAAUAUUUCCUUGACAAUCUGGAAAGAUGUACAUGGGUUUUCGAGAUACAGAUCGAAACCUGCUGGAUACCCACAGAUGGAUGGAACGAGCUCUUAAAUCUCUUUCCAAAUUUGAGGGCUAUCCAUUUUACCGAUGUCUAUCUUCCUCAUUACCUGGAAGAAUGGAGGAUAUCACCCCAUUUGCCUAUACAAUUCACAUUCACUCACUGCUACCUGACUGGCUCUGGUGUAUCCAAGAUUCUUGGUCUUGGCAAUGUCAACACCGUCGUUGUGAGAGAUGGAGUUGCCAUGGAGCCAUGCAAACUAACAGUAGAGAGUGGAAUGGAUUCAAUGCAAAAAAUCGAACAUUUCAUUCCCACCAUGUCAUUCGAGGACAUGGACCUCGAUGAAGCGAUUAGCUUGGCGGCAAUCUUUCCACGUAACUCCAUUGCGAUCGAUUCGAUACAUUGGAUCAUUCAUGGUUUCCACGUACCAUUCAAGAUGCCAAUCGAUAUCGGAAUCGUCGAUUUGAAUGAAAGACAUAUCCACUUUUUGGAUCUAUCGCGAUGUACUUCCCUGAAAGCUAUAUAUUGGUGUUCGACAUUCCCAAUUGCCAUAUAUGCUGUUGUCGUGCAUGAAUACCCUCCCAACGCCUAG